CUUGGCAGUGAUGGCAUCGCUAGUGACUCUAAACACUACACGUCUUCCAGCUUCACACAAGAAAUCACCGCGAUAGGUACCUCCGAGUCCAAGAACCAGCAUGUCACCACCGCAGAAUAAAACUUCUGCGCCCGCGAAGAAGCAAGCGCCGGCUGCCACUACGACAGCAUCAUCCGAAGAGAAGAAGGCCCCUACCGUACAGGAAAUUAUUGGAGGAAAGUCAUGGACGGGGAAAUUGCCGCAGACGCUGUUCUACGAGCACUGCGUCAAGAACGGCUGGGAGAAGCCACAGUACGAUAAUAAGCGCGACAAAGGCGGCUUCGUCUCGACGGUCCACAUCGGCGUCAAGAACCCGCGCAGCGCCGAGAUCGAGCGCAUUUCCUUCCAACCACCGGACCUGCCGUGGGUUCCGCAACCGACCGCACUCGAGUCCCGCCACUUCUGCGCAACCUACGCUCUCCACCGUGUCUGCUCCAUGAAGAACAUCCAGCACAUGCUGCCGCCAACGCAUAAGCGCCUCUGGGGCGCGUGGGAGGAUAUACGGGUGGAGGAGAAGGCGGCGGGGAAAGGGUGGCGCUACGAGGCCGAUCCGUUUGCGGUCAAGAGGGAACAUGAGCUCGCCAGGAUUAAGCAGGAGCAGAAACGGGAGGCGCAGCAGAAGGAGCCGAAGAAGUUUAAAGACUCGAAGCUUACAUUGGGCGGUGGGAAGGGGUGGCAGGCCGUGCCGGUGGUGGACAUGGGACGGGAACGAAGGGUGGAGGCCGAAGAUUUGAUCCGGCGGUAUCAUGUGUGGAAUCCGUUGGGUAUCACUCUCUCGAAAGAUGCGCAGCGGCGGAUCGUGGAUGAAUUGGUAGGGCUAGGCUUCAGGAAGCUGCAUGCUGAGGAGGCGUGUGAAUGGGUGAAGGAUCGCGAAGAGGCGCUGGAGUGGCUAUUGACGCAUGUACCUGAGGACGAUGUGCCGCCAAGGUUUUUGCCAGAGAACUAUUCGGCGGGGAUCACCAUGUCGACUGGCGGGAGCCUUGGGGUUGAGUAUGCCAUAAAGCGACUGGCAACUAUAGGGUACUCAUUGGACUUGUGCCGGGAGGUGUUGGAACGGAAUGCGCUGGAUGAGCACCGCGCUGCCGAAGCGUUGAUGGAGAUGCUAGUGCACGGAAAGCAAAUAUCGCCAGUUGGAGUGGUGGAAGUGGAUCUUCUAACCAUCGAGCAGCACCACGACUGGGAGGAGGAACUAGCAUCACUUGAGGCUAUCUACGGAGCCGAACGAUUUAAGUGUGUCUCUCCAAAUGUGGUCAGAAUAACGCUCGACAUGCAAGAUCGGGGUCCCAAAAAUCUUCCUACUAUCAUCCUUGAGGUCCGAAAGCCAGCAGAGUACUCUGGAUCGGUGUAUUAUCCUGAGACGAUUCCUACCUUUGCGGUCAUCACGGAGGGCGAGCGCAAACUUCCAGCACAUGUCCGUUUGAGCAUCAUUCGACAGACCGCGGAGUACGCCGAAACGCUCAAAGGCGAGCAGAUGAUCUUCACCGUAGUCGACUGGCUAGAGAACGAAAUUCUCCGUAUCAUAGCGAAUCCGGGUCGAUUACGGGACGUGGCUACAGCUAUCACUGGCAGUGACGAGAGAAAAGAUGAGCCAUCAUCCGUGCAGCAGAAGCGGCGACGAAAUUUCCGCAAGAGGAGCCCGAUCGACUGGACGCCGGGUACGAAGCAAAGUUUAGAUAUCAUGCGCGCUACUGAGGCCCGACUCAAUACUCCCGCACAGAGGAAAAUGGUCGAGGCACGGAUGCGGCUUCCGGCUUGGGAGGCACGGCACGAUAUCGUCAAGGCGGUCAAUGAGGCGCAGGUGAUCAUCAUCAGUGGAGAAACUGGUAGCGGAAAGAGUACGCAGGCGGUACAGUUUGUUCUCGACGACCUUAUCCAGCGCAAACUGGGUGCUACGGCAAACAUCGUCUGUACGCAGCCUCGACGUAUCUCUGCACUCGGUCUCGCGGACCGUGUCAGUGAUGAAAGGUGUCAGGCUGUUGGCCAGGAGGUCGGAUACGCUAUCCGUGGCGAAGCGAAGCAGACGCAGGGAGUCACUAGGGUUACGUUCGUGACGACUGGUGUGCUGCUUCGACGGCUGCAGAUGGGUGAUACGCUUGAGGAUAUAUCGCAUAUCGUUGUCGAUGAGGUUCACGAACGGAGUUUGGACACUGAUUUCCUCCUCAUCCUGGUCAAGAGGAUCAUCACUAAGCGGAAGGAUCUGAAGAUCAUACUGAUGAGCGCUACCCUGGAUGCCGAUGUUUUCUCGAAUUACUUCGGAGGCAACAAGGUGGUUCGCAGAAUCAACAUUGAAGGCAGAACUUUCCCAGUCGAAGAUAUCUAUCUGGAUACUAUAAUCAAGACCACCGGUUUUACUGGCGGAAACCAGUAUUCAGGAGGUGGGAAAGAUAAGAGACUCGACGACGCGGAAUGGGACGAUACGGAUCCGUCGACAAGCCUGAUCAUUCGGAAUCUGGGCGACAGAAUCAAUUACAAUCUGAUUGCUGCGACUGUGACGGAAAUUGAUAAGCGGUUGACAGACACGGAGGGUGCAAUCCUCAUCUUUCUACCUGGUACAAUGGAGAUCUCACGCUGUCUCGAAGCCAUCCGGUUCUUGCCCGGUGGCUCGUCUCGGUUCCAUGCCCUUCCACUCCAUGCAUCACUUACGCCAUUGGAACAACGUCGCGUCUUCCCCCCGGCGCCGAAGGGCCUACGAAAGAUCGUAGCGGCUACCAAUGUUGCUGAGACUUCCAUCACCAUCGAGGACGUUGUCUGCGUCAUCGAUACCGGAAGGGUCAAGGAAACUUCCUUUGACGUGGCGAAUAACGUGGUUAAACUCCAGGAAGUGUGGGCGUCUCGCGCAGCAGCAAAACAGCGCCGCGGACGUGCUGGUCGUGUUCGCGCUGGCCAGUGCUAUAAACUCUACACUAAGGGCACCGAAACACGAAAGAUGCCAGAGCGCCCCGAGCCAGAGCUGAAGCGUGUGCCGCUGGAACAGACGUGUCUCAGUGCUAAGGCGAUGGGUAUCAAGGACGUGCGAGCGUUCUUGGCUGCGGCCAUCAGUCCGCCCAAUAUUGUUGCCGUUGAGGGUGCUCUGGCCUUAUUGGAGAAGAUGGGCGCUGUCGUCGACGAUGAGCUUUCGGCGCUGGGAAGGCAUAUGUCCAUGAUACCCGCGGAUCUCCGGUGUUCCAAGCUCAUGGUGUACGGCGUCCUCUUUGGCUGUCUCAGCUCAGCGCUCACCAUCGCAGCCAUCCUCACAGCGCGAUCUCCAUUUUCUUCCCGGAUGGAUACACGGGAAGAAUCCAAGAAGUCUCGUGUUCAAUUCGCCAAGUCCCAAGGCGACCUCCUGGCGGACUGCCGGGCAUGGGAGCAAUGGUCGGAAAAGCGUAAAAAUCUUUCUCGCGGAGAGCUCCGCCAGUGGUGCCAGGACAACUUCCUCGAUUCUCAAGUCAUGUUCGACAUCGGGUCCAACCGCUCCCAAUAUAUCGACUCUCUCCGCGACACCGGCUUCCUCCCAUUCGGCAGUCGGAGCCAACCGCUCCUUCCAACGGAGCUCGACAGGAACGAAGGCAACGACAUCCUGCUCCGCGCUCUCAUCGCCGGUGCCUUCACUCCGCAGAUCGCACGCAUCCAGAUGCCGGAGCAGAAGUUCGCGUCAAGCUCGUCGGGUGCCCUGGCCGUGGAUCCAGAGGCGAGGACGAUAAAGUACUUUUCCAACGACAGUGGCCGCGUCUUUGUGCACCCGUCCAGCACCGUAUUCGAGGCAAAAUCGUUUCCUGGCAACGCUGGGUUCAUGACUUUCUUUGGAAAGAUGGCUACCAGCAAGGUGUUUCUGCGCGAUUGCACUCCGGUGAAUACCUACUCCCUCCUCCUCCUCGGCGGCAAGGUCGAAGUCGACACUAUGGGGCGCGGUAUCACUAUCGACAGCUGGCUGCGACUCCGUGGAUGGGGAAGAAUAGGCGUUCUGGUUCGACGGCUGAGGGCGAUGCUGGAUACCGCGCUCGACGGCAUGAUUGAUUCGCCGGAUACGGCGCUGAAACAUGGGCAUGAUGAGGUGGUCAAAUGUGUUAUCGGACUCAUUGAGGGUGAUGGUACGUGAUCCGCUGUGUUUGGUUUGGACGGGCGGACGGACGUGGGGUUUCUUGUUAUGGCUGGCAUAGAUUGGGUGGGUCGAUGUACUCUAGAUGAUGGGAUACACAUGGGAUACACGUAUAGUAGUAUGACUGAAUGACUAGAUGACUAGAUGGAUUGGUGUUAUGGGUCUCUGAAUGGAUUUGGAGCAUACAUGCAUGUUCACUCGUGAGAUAUCGAUACGAGGGACUUGGAAGUGUCGUGUGAGGCAUCACGGAGCCGAACCGGAUGUGUAUCUGCUAUGGUCUACUAAGGUCGAAUGUAAUAAUAUCUUCACUGUAUCCCAUUCACGCCGCC